GCUGUACCUUCUUGCUCUCCCUGUCUGGGGGGAUCCUCCAGGUAAGAGGCUGCUUUAGCUCUGGGAGCUGUGGCCUUGGCCAGGAGCUAUUGCCAAGGGCCGUGUGAUGCGCCCAGGGCUGAGCAGGCAUCUCAUCGCCCCCAUGGAUUUCUUUUGCCGGAAGCGCGCGCGCUCAGACUCGCCGCCCAGGGCAGUGGCGCUGGUCAAGAGGCAUGGCUCCUGCCCGGUGGCCCAGAGACCCCAGCCGGCCAGGCCGGAGAGCCGCCUGGAGCUUGGCCCCUUCUUGGCCGGCCUCUUCCGCCCCAGGAGCGCCCAGAAGGGCCUUUCCGCAGCCCGCAGGGGGGGGUCCCGGGAUCCAGGCUCAGCAGCGGAGGAGAGGGUCCCGCUUCUGGUGGACAACUCCAAAGGGGCUGACCUGCCAGGCAGCGCUGUCCCUGUCCCGCUCCACUGCCAGCCCUCUCCUCCCACAGCGGAGCUGGCAGCCCUCGAGAGCACGGGCCCAGAGGAGCCGGUGGAGGAGCCCCCUAGCUUUGCAGGGCCAACGGGCCCCGCUGGCCUGCUGGAAAUGAGGACAAAGCAGCCCACCCCGAUCCCCGGGAGGAAGGUCCUGCAUGGCUCCCUGGAAGAUCUCUCCAAAGCCACAGCUAUGCAGAUGCCAAGUCCGGAGAGCAGACUGUUCCGCCGACCACUGGGGAAAGGAGCAAAGGACACGGACAAGUGGAGGAGGGAAUCUAAAUAUGUGCAAACCCAGCCUCUCUACCAAGACUACUGGAUGAAGCGCCUCAAGGCAGUGGAGCGCAAGCCCAAGGAGCCGUCUUUCCGGGUGGACGCCAGCCUAUCCAUCGCUGGCAUCCUCUCCUCCUCCCUGCUCGGCGCGGCCUCGCAGAUCUCUUCCCGCGACUACAGCUUCUGCUUCUGGCAGGAGAUCCCAGAGGUGAAGAGCGGGCGGCUCCUGGAGAGUCUCACGCCCCAGCAGCACCACCUGCAGGAGGCCAUGUUUGAGAUGAUCACAUCGGAGGCCUCCUACCUGUGCAGCCUCUCGGUGGCCAUGAGCCACUUCAAGGGAUCGCUGGCGCUGCGGGAGACGCUGACCAGGGCCGAGGUGCACCGGCUCUUCUCCAACCUGCAGCAGGUGAAGGACAUCAGUGAAAGGUUUCUCCUGGAUCUCGAGGAGCACAUGGACAAGGACGUCUUCCUGGCGGGGCUGGGGGCCGUGGUCCUGAAGCACUGCCCCGCCUUCCACAGGGUCUACAUUCCCUACGUCACCAACCAGAUGUACCAGGAACAGCUCAUGCAGCAGCUGAUACGGGAGAACUGGCGCUUCCGGCAGGUCCUGAGGAAGCUGGAGGAGCAGCCGGUGUGCCAGCGGCAGCCCCUGAAAUCCUUCCUGGUGCUCCCCUUCCAGAGGAUCACCCGCCUGAAGAUCCUGCUGGAGAACAUCCUGAAGCUGGCCCCGGCAGACUCCGAGCUGGCCAGUUCCAUCAGCGCGGCCCUGGCGGCAGUGGGAGAAAUCGUGUCAGAGUGCAACGAGAACGUGCGACGGAUGAAGCAGACGGAGGAGCUGGUGCUGCUGGAGAAGCAAGUCGAGUUUGUAAAGACAAAGUCCAUCCCACUCAUCAGCCGGGGCCGCUGGCUGGUCAGGGCAGGGGAGUUCUCCCAGGUCCUCAUCCAGGAGGUGGGCGUGGGGUACAAACCCCGCCUGAGCACCAAGCCCAUCCACCUGCACCUCCUCAGCGACCUGCUGCUCUUGUCCCGCCAGAGGGACGAUGGCAGGUUUUCCGUCAAGGAUUACGCCCAGACCUGCCAUGUGAGAGCAGAGCUCCUCAGAGCCAAGCCGCUGGGGCUCCCUGACCCAGCCUUCCUCCUGUGCCUCUCCCGCAACCACCGCGGGGCCAGCACCGAGUUCAUCCUCAAAGCAGCCAGCGAGGCCCAGAGGCAGGAGUGGAUCUCACUGAUAACCAGCCAGGCGUCCCCUCGGCCUGCAGGUGUGAUCAAAGCCCUGAGAGAUGCCUGCGCUGGUCUCUGACUCACUGGGGCCCAGGCCAGCCGGACUCCAUGCUUGGCCUUUCCUUUUCCUGUCCCUGGCUGCUCCCCCAGAGGACGACCUCCCGCCUGCUGCACAAGGGGGUCUGCAGCCCCUCGCCUGUUUGGAGCCCUGUCCGGGCCCAGCUGUUCUUCGCAGGCCUGGGAGCUCCGCUUGGGGACCUUGUGCGGGGUGAAUGCAGCAAGCUGCACUGGACUCAGCGGUGGGGCAGGGAGGGGCGGUGCAUGGUGUGGCAAGCUGCUCUCUCUGAAAGCCAUACGCUCUUAGAAGCUGCGGUCAGGAGCCGAUCUCUGAGUGCUGGUGUGUUUCUGGGGGAUCUGCCCAAAUGGGGUCCGCCGACAGGCCCCAGUGAGGAGGGUACAGAUUCCCAGCUCGCUGCCCAAGUAGUGCCGAGCCUUGGCGUGCAUCAGGCCAGUAGUGUUCUGGGGGGCGAGACCCUUUGCCAAGAAACCCUUUGGAAAACUUAUGGGGUCUGAGCCAGAAGCCUGGUUCCGGCUCUCGACCUGCGGGGGAGCCAGUGGGAAGCACUAGAUGGGAGCAAGUCCUCUGGGUUCUAAGCGCUUGUGUCUGUCAAGAGAGUUCCCGGCUUCUCCAGGAAAUCUCCAGUUCUUGCGUUACAUGGGGUCUUUGAUCUGACAGGAACAGCCCUUGAGAAGCCAAAAGCUUCCCAAAUCUCCCAGCAAAGGGGAGGAUGCUGCCCACUGCCUCUUGGGGGGGAGGGGUGUCCCCUACAUGUGCCUAUUGCAGAGGACAUGAUCCUGCGGGGGGCGCUCGGGGGGAGCUGGUCUCUCACUUGCUAUAGCUGCCUGGCAGGAUAUUUGAGCUUUGGUCUCUGAACGUCCGCUUUCCCAUUGGUUUAUUUUUGCAAACGGAGCUUGUAGGUUCCUCCUGACCCAGGCUCAUUUGGAAGUUUGGGGGGGUGAUUCCCACAGAGGCCGUGCUGGCUGGACCAAGCAGUGUCUUGGGUCCUGGUCUGUAUGGGGCCAUGGCGUGGGUUGGUGCUUUUGGCACUAACCCCGUGUUCCCGGCCUGGAUUGACCCAGGGCAGGGGGCCUCUGGAGCAGGCCCACUCCAGAAGCACCAAGACCUGGUGCGUGGGUCCAGCUGUUCACACUUUGGGGUGGUUGAUGGGGGAUUUUCAUUAGCUGUGGUUCUAAAUGGGGUUCUGGGGGCCUCGUUCCUCCUGGGAGGAGCAGCUGAGGGUACAAGCCCCCUGUCUGUCUCCUGCCCGGCCUGGGAACUGCUGGCCUUAGGGGGGGCUGGCUUUCCGAGCUGAUCUCCCCCCAGCUCUGCCGGGCGUCAGUGACCCUCAGCCCCUGCAGGGCCGGGAAGAGAGGUGUCUGUCUGCUUCCCCACACCAGCUGGGCAAUUAGCAGAUCCUGGGGAAUGUUUGUUGGCCCAGCUGGGCAGGAAAUGCCUGGCUGGGGAGCUGCAGGGGGCCACUGCUCAGCGAUGGAGCGGGGAGGGCUGGUGGCUGGGGAUGGAAGACUGCAGGAAGCUGGGGUGCUACAACCAGGUAUGGCCAACAUCUGUCCCCCUGCAAAUCCCCACAAAUCAUGGCUACAGGGAGGGGCUGAUCCGGGCACCACUGACGGAAGAGAAGAUGCUUGGUUGGGGCAUGUUAGCUGGGGAGGGGUCUCUAUCCAGACGUUGGUACCGGCUGCCCAGCGUCCAUUGGAGGGGUCGAGGUUUCAACCCCACAGAGUCCAGCUGUGCUUUGUGUGUGGGGCAGCUCUCCUGGGAUUGGUAGGGAGGCCAGGGGCUUAGUCCCUGCUGUGUCUUACCCUGGCAUAGGGGAGAGGUCCCAGGGCCCAGCUGGCAGGGGGCGAGCCCUGUGUCUGGGCUCAGUGCAGAGAAGCUGGGGGAGGAGGGCCGGAUCUGCUCCUUUCGCUGAGCCACCCCCAGGCCGCAGCUGGGCUCUAGCCACGCACAGUGUCUGAGGGGCUCACGCUUGUCAAAGUCUCUUGUUGUUUUGAAAUAAAUAUUGACCUUGUUUUAAGGACCCGGCCUG